AUGGUCACCAAGGAAUUCCUCGACUCGGACAGAGUCAACUUCCUCGUCUGGAGAUACCUCUUGGAGAGCAAUUACCGCGAGACCGCAGCCAAGUUCCAGAAGGAGUGGCACGUUCAGCAACCUCAUCGCCAUUUUGAUUUCGCAAACCACGUCAAGAGUCAUGCAUUGGUGUCCGUCAUCAACAAAGGCCUCUGCUACCAGGCCCUUGAGAGGGAACACGCAACUAAGCAGGUGCCUCAAGAUGCAGCGGCAGCGGCCGAAGCAUUGCAGGUGGGGUUGUUUGGGCCAUUGAUCCCCCAGCCGCCUCACAAGAUCGAGGAGGAUGAGGACGCGGACGGGGAGGUAGACGACACGGAAAUGGAGGUCGAAAACUCUCGAAAACGCCAACUUGACAGCCGGCCACAGCAGCACCUGGUGAAUGGCGGCUCACCCAGCAAGCGGCCCAGGCUCAGCAAUGGGUACGAAAGCACGAAUGGGGCGGAUGCAGCCACGGACCCCAUGGAGCUAGACAACCACGGGGACAACAACCACGCCUACCCGUCGCCCCUGGAAGGCGAACAAGCUCCGACGCCCACUCCGAGAACAGAUGGCCCCGAGCAGGGCACGCAGGUCGACAAAGUCCAGGAAUUGACAACAGAGACGACGUUUUUGCGAUUAAUGCCCGAUGACACCACUUCCACCGCCAGCAACCCGCAGGACGGCGCCGCCGCGACGACUACCGCAGCGACCGGUGCCGCUUCGCCCUCGCCAGCCAACGGUGAAAAUGCACCCAUCUUGUUGCGCUGCGAGUGGAACCCCAAGGACCCAUCCAUCUUGGCGGCUGCUGGAACCGAUGCGCUAGCCCGGAUUUGGACCAUCUCACGUUCAAGCACUAUGACGCCUGCGCCUGAUUCCGAGGCCGACGGUCACGUGCAUGGCGUCCAUCGCCCUUACCACAGUCUCAUGGACGACGAGACUCCAAAGUCAGCAACUGUCGGUCAGCUUGCCUGGAACUGGGGGGGAACAGCCAUUGCCAUCGCGGCCGAGUACGGCGACAAGGCAUCUGUUCACAUCUGGGCCAAGGACGGCUCGCAUGUCGACAAGUUCGACGUCUCGGACCCUCCGGUGAUCAAGCUCCGUUGGAGCCCAAGCGACGCCGCUCUGCUGGCCAUUGCCCCCGAUAACAGCAACGGCAAUGGCAACGGAGGCGCGCUGGUCACCGUCUAUCACUCACUGACCUCGGCCACCUUGUCGUAUUUCCUCCCGAACCACGACCUGCUGAACUGGCCCCUCGACGCGGCAUGGACAAGCGAGACAGAGUUCCUCCUCACCGGCGGCGACGUGAUGCUGUCACUGAGGUGCACCGACACGGCCAUCCUGCCGAACAAGAAGUUUGAGAGUCGGGACGACGACACUUUCACCCAGGUGGCGUAUGACUGGCGCUCAAAGCUGGCUGCCACGUCAAGCGACAAGGGUAUCCUUGAUCUCUGGGAUGAAAACGGUCAGCGCCGUUCCAUAACUGCUCACUCUGGUGCAAUCACCGCACUGCAAUGGCAACCCCUGCCGGCCGACUCAAGCCCGCCCGAAGACGAGCGCCUUAUUGCGACUGGAGGUGACGACUGCGCGAUUCUCAUUUGGAAUGCCAAAUUCCCAGAUCAGAAACCCAAGUCCUACUUCACGAUGGAGUCACCAAUUGUCGCUGUCUCAUUUACUCCGGAUGGAGCCUUCAUUGCGGGAGCCACCGCCGGUCACAUUCUCAUUUGGAAGGUUGGAGAGCACACGAUGCCACGUGCGAGCUGGAGCAGGGCGCCACAUCCGGGCUGGUUGAGUCCCAAGGCGAAUUCGGAGCCGGAGGAAGAGGAUGAACACUGUCUGUGUUGGGAUGCUGAUGGACAGAGACUCGCGUACGGAGCCAACAGCCGAUUGGCUGUCAUUAACUUCAGCCGUCUAUGA